UCUGGUUCUCGAGAAAAGGCGAUCAAUUCGUCCCGUUGUCACCAGUCACUCGGCUCCCUCCGCUCGUGCUGACUCGGGCCGGCUCGGCUCCGCGCUCGGCUCGGGCCUCGGGCCUCGGUCGGGUUGGGUUUACCUUGGUCGUCAGUCGGUCGGGUCUCGAGUCGAGUCCGAGUCGCCGAGUCGGAGGUCGAGGUGGCAGUGAGAAGCAGUGUUUGUUGUUGUCUGUGUCCUGUGUCGUCUUCAUCACUUAAUAUUUAGUCAGUUUUCCACGAGUGUAUCAUGUCACGCCCAUCCAUCUCAAAAAUGCUGAGGUAUUAUUGUUUGUUGGAUGCCGAGCUCAAUAGCCAGGGGUGUCCUUUCACCGACUCGGAGCAAAGUAAGUUCAUAUCACGUACCUAAACAUAACCUCAACGCUGGCUCAAACAGCGCUUGUAACACAAGUUUUCUUCUUUAUUUUUAUUAGGUACCAUCAAGAGCAUCAUCGCCUACAACCUCCACAAGCGAUUCACAGCACACGCUAGACAACGCGCGCGGUUAGCUUGGACGAGGAGAUCGAAGAGGUGGCAUGUGAGGCCUAUAUUCCUAAACCGGGAGCUGUAACCGGCCUGGUUCACUCUGGUCUCAUAAUAAGGGAGUACGACCAAGAUGAAUUUUAUAGAUUCUUCCGCAUGACUCCUGGAUGCUUCGACUGGCUUCUUGAAAAGGUGGGCCCUUUCAUAAGGAAAAGAUCCAACCGUAAAAGUGUCUCAGCAGGGGAGCGUCUGGCCAUCACACUGAGGUAUUUGGCGUCUGGAGACAGUCAGUCUUCAUUAUCGUACCUGUUCCGCCUCUCCAAUGAAGCUAUCUCCAAAAUCGUGACAGAGACCACAGCCGUCAUCUGGUAUACUUUGAAGCCACUAGUAUUUGAUGAAAUCUCUGAAGACUUUUGGAGGCAAAAGGCUGCUGAAUUUGAAGCAAUGUGGCAGUUUCCUAUGUGUGUUGGUGCUUUUGAUGGAAAGCACUGCUCAUUCCAGAAAUUCCCCAUGCGUGGCUCUGAGUACUAUAAUUACAAAGGGACAAACAGCAUCGUUCUCUUUGCUAUUGCUGACGCCAAGUACAAGUUCAUUGUUGCUGAUGCUGGUGCUAAAGGCCGUGAGGGGGAUAGUGGAGUAUUCGACAGAUCAACAUUUGGAGAAAUGUUCUACAACCAUAGACUACGCCUGCCACCACUUGUGUACAAUGCGAAGAUAGACUGUCUGCUACCAUAUGUGUUUUUGGGAGAUGGUGCCUUUCCACUAGAUGAACACCUCAUGAAGCCAUUUGAACCAGAUGCCAGAGACAAGUCGCCUGCUAACCACGCCCUCUUCAACUGCAGACUGUCCAGGGCAAGGAGAGUUGUAGAGAACGCCUUUGGAAUCCUCAGUGCAAGAUUCAGGAUCCUACGUCGAACUGCCAUUGUCAGUGAGACACUAGCCUGUAACAUUAUUUUGUCUACUUGUGCCCUCCACAACCUUCACAUCAUGAGGGAAGACAGCAUUCCACCGAAGCAGCGUGUCUACCUUCCUCCUGGUUUCUCAGACACCUACAAGUCUAAUGGAUGA